AUGCCCCGGUGGGGAUGGUUCGGCAAGAAGAGCUCGGAGUCCUUCAGGGGGGGCCCGGAGCGGUCGGGCGACUCGGGCUCCCUGUACAACGUGUCCGAGACUUACGGGAUGGAGCGCGAGGAGGCGGAGGAGCUGCAGUUCGCGCUGGCAGCCAGCGAGUCGGAGUACAUGGCGUCGUCGAUGGGGGCCGGGGAGGCCGGGUCGUUCACGAGCAUGAGCGCGAUGGCGGAGGGGCUGUCCGCGCGGUAUUACUACAACCAGAGCAUCGGUUACGAUGAGCGGCUGAUAGAUGGAUUUUAUGAUAUUUGGGGCGAGUUCAAUGAGGUGCUUCCCAGCACAGCUGAUGGAGGGGCCAAUCGAAUUCCCCCACUGAGGGUGCUCAAGAGGACACAGCUGGAGGAAGGCGAUGUCCGGGAGGUAGUGCUCAUUCAUCAUGACAAAGACUCUGUGCUGGUUGAAAUGGAGAGGUUGGCUUUGGAAACAAAGAAUCGUCUGAAGGACAAGGGCCAUAUGGCAAUUGUGCAGGAACUGGCAGUAAUUGUGGCCAAUCAGAUGGGCGGCCCUGAAGAACUUGAGAAGAACCUCGUCCGCAAAUGGAAGCGAAACAGCCAGAGGCUGAAGAAGAGGUACAAGUCUGCUGUCAUACCACUUGGCAAACUGAAGACUGGCCUGUCCCGACACAGAGCCCUAAUGUACAAGGUCUUGGCAGACUCCUUGGACAUCAGGUGUCGGAUAAUGCGCGGUCAGGCGCACCGCUCCACCAAUAACCACACCGUCCACAUGGUCCAGGCCAUUAACGUCGUGGUUGUCGACAAUGAGGAAUUGAUCGUGGAUCUCAUGAGCCAGCCAGGCCGUCUGAUGUACUUGAGCGCCAAGGGAUCCUUAAGAGAGUUUGCCCCGGCGCCCAUCAGGGUAGUUGAAGAGACGGACAAUGAUCGUCCCCCUGAUCGCAUCGCUGCCAAUGGGAUGGAUGGUCCAGAUGGCGGGAUGGAGCAGCAUGACCACGAUGGGGCCCCUGCAGAGGUGGAUGUGGAUUACCAGAUUGACGAGUCAGAAUUGGAGCUGGAGGCGAGGAUUGGGAUGGGGUCCUUUGGGGAGGUGUACAAGGGGUAUUGGCGUGGCACGGAUGUGGCGGUGAAGAGGAUACUGGAGCAGGACCAGGAGUUCACAGAGCAGCUUGUGAAGGAAUUCCGCAGCGAGAUCGCCAUAAUGAUGCGGUUGAGACACCCCAACGUGCUGCUGUUUAUGGGUGCUGUGACAGAGCCACCCAACUUAUCAAUAGUCACGCAAUUCCUGCCCAGGGGCUCCCUGUUCAGGUUGCUACACAAGACCAAUGCCAAAAUUGAUGAGCGUCUGAGAUUAAAAAUGGCCACAGACGUUGCCAAAGGGAUGUGUUACCUGCACAGUUUCAAGCCGCCCAUCAUCCACCGCGAUCUCAAGUCCCCAAACCUGCUGGUGGACAAGGAUUGGACAGUGAAGGUCGUGGGUGCUGUUGGCUUCAAUGGCCAGCAGCUUGAAUUGCCCGAGGAGCUGGAUCCCACAGUUCGAGGCAUUAUGGAGAAGUGCAUGGCUGCCAAACCCGAAGACAGGCCGACCUUCCAGGAGAUCCUGAAGAUGCUGAGACCCCUCACUGUGCUGCCCAUGGUCGCACAGCCAGAGCAGGAGUAA